AUGAACAGCAAGCAACAUCCCAAGUCCAAGCCCGGGGUAGACCAGGAAGGCGAGCACAACAGCAACAUCGUCAUACUCCUCAAAGACAAGCUCCAAAACGUGGGCACCAACUUCAAAGACGUGCUCGAAGUGCGCACAAAAAACAUGCAAGCCUCGCGCUCGCGCACCGAACAAUUCCUCUCCACCGCCGCAACCCAAUCCCACGCCAACCUCGACCCCAGCCGCACCGACUCGCCCCUCUACCAAACCCCCCAACGCGGCCGCUCCCCCGGCGGCUUCGCCAGAAACACGAGUGCGGCGCAACAAGACCUCCUCUCGCUCGAACCCUCGGGCUCCUCGGCCCUCACACGCGGCGGGCCCCAAUCCGACGCCCAGCUCCUGCUCAUGGAGGAAGCCCAGCCGCAAAACCAAUACAUCCAGGAACGCGGGCGUGCCAUUGAGUCCAUUGAGUCCACCAUCCAAGAACUCGGCGGCAUCUUUAGCCAGCUCGCGCAAAUGGUGUCGGAGCAGGGCGAGCAGAUUCAGCGCAUCGACGCGAAUACGGAAGACGUGGUGGACAAUGUCGAGGGUGCGCAGCGCGAGUUGAUGAAGUAUUGGAGUCGGGUGCAGGGCAAUCGCUGGCUGGUCGCCAAGAUGUUUGGCGUGUUGAUGAUUUUUUUCCUCCUCUGGGUCUUGAUUUCUGGGUAA